GAUACCAGUCCUGCAGGGAAGCCGUGGCUGCGUUCUACACCUGCCCGGAGGCACCGCUGGAGGCCCAGGAGCACUUUCCAUGGCUGAGCUUUCUGCUGACCCCUGUGCUCUUUGCAGGAUGUCAUCUCAGCCAGGCCAUAGAGCUUGCCUUGGCAGUGUUGGCCAACCCAGGCCAGAACAUCCUGGUGCCACGGCCUGGCUUCUCGCUCUACAAGACUUUGGCGUUGUCUAUGGGGAUUGAGGUCAAACUCUACAACCUCUUGCCAGAGAAGGCUUGGGAAAUUGAUCUGAAGCACUUGGAGUCUCUGGUGGAUGAGAAGACAGCUUGCCUCAUUGUGAACAACCCGUCGAACCCCUGUGGCUCUGUUUUCAGCAAGAGACACCUCCAGAAGAUCCUGGCAGUGGCAUCAAGACAGUGCGUGCCCAUCCUUGCUGAUGAGAUCUAUGGAGACAUGGUGUUUGCUGACUGCAAAUUCGAACCCAUUGCAACCCUAAGCACCAAUGUGCCAAUCUUGUCCUGUGGCGGCUUGGCAAAGCGGUGGCUCGUCCCUGGCUGGCGCAUGGGCUGGAUCCUAAUUCACGACAGGAGAGACAUCUUUGGUAAUGAGAUCAGAGAUGGCCUUGUAAGACUGAGUCAAAGGAUCCUAGGACCCUGUACACUUGUCCAAGGAGCACUGGAACGUAUCUUGCACCGAACACCCCCUGAGUUCUACCACAACACCCUCAGCAUCCUCAAGUCCAAUGCUGACCUUUGUUAUGCUGCCUUAUCUGCUAUUCCUGGCCUCCAGCCUGUCCGGCCCGCUGGAGCCAUGUACAUCAUGGUUGAGAUUGAGAUGGAGCACUUCCCUGAAUUUGAAAAUGAUGUGGAGUUCACGGAGCGCCUCAUCUCAGAGCAGUCUGUGUUCUGCUUGCCAGCCUCGUGCUUUGAGUACCCAAACUUCUUCCGUGUGGUGAUCACCGUGCCCGAGGAGAUGAUCUUGGAGGCCUGCAGUCGCAUUCAGGAGUUCUGUGAGAUGCACUACCAGGGUGCGGAGGGGGCCCAGGAUCUGGAGUGUGACAAAUAG